AUGGUUCCAGGCGUCCGGACCCGCAGCGACCGCCGCGACCCGCAGACAAAAGCUCACACUCCGCAGAAGCUGCGCUGUCUCCCAGCAACCGCUGGGCGGUCUCGCGAGAAGUAUCGAAGAUCCUCGCGAGACUCCGCACGCAGCCACAAGCCCUGGCAACGGUGGGAGCGCGUCCUUACCAACGCGCGCUGGGCCCAGUCCAGUGUUGCGGAAGUCGGCAUUCUGUCUUUUGCAGAAAUAGUUAAGGAGAUCGAGGUGCCACUGGCUGCCCUGGAUGCCCCGGCCCUUGGGACAGGGGACAGCGGCCACUUGCCUGUGGCCGAGCAGGAGGAGGUGGGAAUUCCAAUACCGGCACCAGGGCUCCUGCAGGUCACAGAACGGAGGCAGCCACUCAGCAGUGUGUCCUCCCUCGAGGUGCACUUUGACCUCCUGGACCUCACCGAGCUGACCGACAUGUCCGACCAGGAACUGGCCGAGGUCUUUGCUGACUCCGAUGAUGAGAACCUGACGGGUGAAUCACCAGCAGGCCUGCACCCACUGCCCCGGGCCGGCUGUCUGCGGUCCCCAUCCUGGACUCGGACCAGGGCAGAGCAGAACCGUGAGAAGCAGCACCUCGGCGACCCUGAGCGGCAGCCAGCGAUUGUGGACACGUUUCUCACUGUGGAGAGGCCCAAGGAGAACUAGGCCAGGCAGCCCCGGGACCCAGGCAGAGGAAAUGUGAUGUGUGGCUCCGUGGACACUCUGCCCACCCCACAUGGCUCCAGGUCAGGGUCUCAAGGCACCCAGCACAAGCACAGCCCAGUGGCCUGAUGUCCAAUUCCUUCCUGGUCCCUGGAUCAGGGCUGACAAUGCCCGGGGAUGAGACAGGAGUGGACUGGGCCUUCUGGAACCUUCUGUCCACAGGACUGGUGCUCUCAUCUGUCACAAGGUUCCCGAGUGGAUGCUGGGUGACGGGGGGAUCUGAGUAGAUGACUGCCGCUCUGCAAAGCCCCUGGGGUCUAGCCAAAUACGUGGGUGGAAGAGUCAAUCCUGAACAUUUCCACCUUUAUUUCAAUCCUGUCCCUUUCCAGCCACCCAGGGAGCAGUGCCAGCAAUGGGGUCCCUCCCAGGCCCUAAGACCCUGCUCGUCCUGGUCCCUGCAAGACAGCGGGCCCACCCUCCUUAGCUCAGAACACCAAAUACGGCAUGACUGCCUCAGACUGCUUGGGGGUGGGCCACCUUCUUCCAGUCCCUUGCCCAUGCGGUCCCCAUACCCUAUCGAUGCACAUCCUGGCCCAAGGGGGUUGGAGGUGUGGGAGAACGUGGGCACAGCCCUUGGCCCCCAAAUCAGGCCACCAGGCUCAGCUGCUCCCAACACUGCUUUUUAUGUGCUAAAGGACAGGACAGGCUUCUGGUCUGAUUGCAAGUCCAAGAUUGGUUUUAAAAUAAAUGUGUGAGCUUGCUUUUUGUUCCC